UGUCAUCGGGGGUACUCGUAACGAUGCGGCUUUUCAACGAUCUACCUUGCACCGUGAGACAUCCAGCCAAGUCAACCUUCACGUGUCCCCUGAUCUCUUCGCCGCAGAAGUAAAUAUGAUGGGGUUCCUCCAAGACCACGUCGAACUGGCGGAUCUCCUCAGGCACCUGUCGGCUCCGGAAGAGCUGGAAAGCACAAACAUCUCAGCUGCUGACACGGCCCAGCUAAAGACAUCCGGCACCUCUCGCUACGAGACCGCCACGAACAUCCAGACCAGUGGCCCACGGGGAAACAUUUAUCAAGUGUCGAUCAUCUUUGUAACACGAAAACACCCCUUGAAAAUAUGCAGCCUGAAACGCAGCCGACAACUUACACCAACUUAUAGAAGCCUCCGCAAGGUUGCAGUGCGAGUGCGACCAAUUUCCGACUUCAUGGGCUUUGAAAUUGAUGGUAACAUCACAAGGUAUAUUGGUGUUGGAGUUGGGUUGGCUAGCCUGAUCACAGAGAACCUUUUGAGUCAUCCGUUUGUUGUUCUGAGGCGUCAGUGUCAGGUACACAACAACUCAUCUCGCUACCAUCUGGUGCCUAUCACUUUGCUGCCUGUUAUUGUCCAUCUACACGGACGUCAAGGUAUCACCACGCUAUGGAAGGGGCUUGGCAGCAUACUCAUGAUCCGAGGCAUGACCCUUGCGAUUGAAGACCUCAUCAGCAAACUCACCCCCUGGCCCAAGGAAAUUACGUGGCACAGUUCACUGAAGUCAUUUGGCAAACAUAUACUACUCAAGUGUGCCACUUUGGCCAUAAUAACGCCGUUCUACUCGGCCAGUCUUGUGGAAACAGUUCAGAGUGAUAUCGCAAGUGAGAAACCAGGUUUCUUUGAUGUCUUCAGGGAAGGCAUAUGCCGUCUUGUUAGCUGGAGUUCUCCGCAGAAGGGCCGCAUGCUUCCUGUACUGGUGCUGGUGGUGCCCACUGUGAUGUAUGGGCUGCUUAGGUACGUCUUGACCGUUUUGGUUCGAGGUGCGGCGAGUCGGAUCAUGCGCUUUAGCUACAGGCGUGGGCAGGAGGUGCAGGGUGCAUUGUCUCGUGAUGAGCCAAGUCAUGCCGUGUCUCAAGACAUUGAGCUGACGUCGUCUCUCAUUGGUCUCAUUACUGCUGAUGUGGUGUUAUUUCCUAUGGAAACUGUCUUGCACAGGCUUCACUUGCAAGGAACAAGAACCAUAAUUGAUAACUUAGACUCUGGCUAUGAAGUGAUUCCAAUUCUGACUAGCUACGAGGGCGCGAGGGAUUGUUAUGUGACGACAUUACAGCAAGAAGGAGUCGCAGGCUUGUACAAGGGAUUUGGAGCCCUGAUCCUACAAUUUGCAGCGCACGUUGCUGUCGUCAAACUAACGAAAAUUGUUCUUACUGAGAUCUCCAGUAUGCUGCGUUCUGCACCCAGGCCUUCUCUUCCUCCAUCUUCCUCUCAUCCAAAUCUCACCCAUGUUCCUUCGUCACAUCAGAGCUCUUCGAAUCCUUCCCCUGGGUAUGGUUAUACACAGCAGAUUUACCUGCCAUAUGAGUAACGUGUAUGUUUGUUAUACAUUCGAAGGCAGAAUGUUGUACAAAUUUAUCAGAAUUACAAAAAAUGAGGUUUGAUGGGAAUAACUACAUUUUAAUACAGCAUGUUUAUGUUAUGCUGGUAGAAUGGUAGGUAGUGCCUGAGUCAGAUCAUGAGUAUGUUAUGUUGUUAUGAUUUCAGUGAUAUUGGUCUCAUUAUUUACAGUAUGUGAACCAGAUGAAUCACUGGCACAGCUUUCUUGCUUCAUUGGCAGAGAACGGGUUAAUAAUAAAAUCAACUGUUCCUUGGUUAUGAUUUCAUUAAUGUAUUCACCCAAAAGAGGUAAACAAUGUAAGUAUAUGUUUGAAGACACAAAUUUGGUAAUUAUAAAAAUGUUAUGUCUCAUUUUCCCCACAAUUUCCUUGUGUUUUAAAAAAUUGUUUAUACCACAUUCUGAUUCCUCCUAUGUACCACUGAAAUUCAUGUUUCCUGUCGGAGAUUUCUGCUGCUGUCACUGUUAUCGAGGAUUCGGAUGAAGUUUGGUUGGAAAGUGGAACAGGCACAUGGCAUUUGUGUGAAUUAGAAAAUUAAUGUAACUUCUAAUAGGUUUUGAAUGAAAUGAUUUUGUUACAGUCUGGGCAUUCUGUGGUGUUAAACUGACCCCCAUGCAAAGCAUAUCCAGAUUAAUAUGUGCGAUAAAAUUUCUCUGAAAUGGACGUCACAAAGCGGUGUCAAACAAGAAUUUAUAAAAUAUAUAGUAUCUGAUAUCGUUUAGAGAGGUUGUUUGAAUCCAAAAUUUGUUAAUGGAAUUGAACAAAUUGCUGCAGUGAUUUGCAUGUGUAAAGAGUGUGGAUGAAACAAGAAUACUAAGAAAGUCAUUAGAAUUAAAAUGUAAAAGAAAGAGACCCAUGGGGUGAUACUGGAAUGGUGGUUAUGUUUUGAAAGUGAUAACCUUUCAUCCCUGUAAGUAGUGUGUCCUAGUUUUGACAGAUUGAGUGUUCGUACAUUUUCAUCAGUGUUUGCAAAUGUCCAUCCAGCCACAGUACUCUGAAUAAAUUCUGCGCCAUCCAGGCAUUGGAGGUCAUCGGAAAGAGGUAGCAGCCGGUAAGAUUUUUGAAGGGAAACGGUGUGAAGAGGGAAGAGCUCGGAAACUUGUUCUGUCAGUCAGCGUAAGAAGCAAGCUGUCAUUUGUGUAGUCGCACUUGUCAUCUGUUUGGACAUGAGAAUACAGAACAUGUCACAUGAA